AUGCAGGGAAGCAGUCCCAACAAUGUAGCAGGUCCUGUUGGUCAGGAAACCCAGACUGCUUUGGUGGCAAUCCACAAGGUAAUGACAAUGGUGGCCCAGGAGAUCCUGAUAGCACCGAUCCAUGUCCUGGAGGAAGUGGAGGCGUGUGGCAAUCCAGAACCGGAAGGCAGGUACUUCCGUGCCAAGGCAGAUGCCACAGCCUACCCUACUCUUAGAUCCAACAAGGAGUUCGACACUUGGUAUGAGGCUUUCAUCGUCAUAGCCAGAGCACAAGGCUUCUACAAGGUCUUUGACACUGAAUAUGUUCCCAUGACUGCCGAGUACUUUGCAGAACUCCUACGAUGA